UUUUCUUCAAGCAGUCUACCACCUGCUUCUAGCAAGCAUCCCACAGGACAGGACUCUUGUUUCAGCUGGAAGUCCAAUGAGAUCCACACACAGCCUGUAUCUGGGAAAUGGAGACCCAAAGAAUACCCUGCUUCUGGAAUUCCCUCUGUCAUCCUUAACCAGCAAUCUCUCAUCAUUUGAAAUCCGGACAUAUGACUGUCAAGGCAUCAUAUUCUUUGGAAAUAUUGGCCUGGAUAACUGGUUUGUACUUGGGAUUCGUGAUUGUCGGUUGGAAAUACAGAUGAGUAAUGGCAAUGGUCAAAUGGUUCUCUCUAAGUGGGGACCAGAAGUCAGCAAUGGCAAAUGGCAAAAGGUGACUGUGGACAGCACUAUUAACACCAUAGAUGUAAGAGUGAACGGAGAGGUUGUUAUCAUGCUAACUCAUCAUGUAAAGAAUGAGCCUGUGACCUCAGAGCAUGCUAAUCUGGGAAUUAUCCUGGGUGACCUUCCAACAAAUGGCAAAAUUCAACUUCUCAGACCGUUGAAUCCUGCUCUAGAUGCAUGUAUGACGAACUGGGCCUGGGUGAAAAAGAGCACAAAAGCUCUAGAUGAUGCAAUGGAGACAGAUGAGAACCGGCGGUGCUUUGAAAAUGAGGAGCGAGGCACCUUCUUCCCUGCACAAGGAUAUGCCACCUUCAAGCCUACUUCAUUCCCAUUACAUACACAUGGACCCUGGCAUCUAUCGUUUCAACUGUCAUUCCGAGUCCUAGAGGAUGGUGGGCUCCUCUUGGCCUUAUAUGGUGCAGGCAACACCUCAGCAUUGACCAUAACCUUGGAUGGUCAGAAACAGGUACUAGAAGCCUCUCUACUGGACAAACUAGCACAUUCCGUUACCUUCCCACCUGGUAUUUGCCUCAAAGACUGGCACACUGUGGAUGUUCAGAUACAGGAAAAUCAGCUUGUGCUGAAGACGGAGGAAGCAACAUCCUCCAUGGACAUACCACCUGCUGAUUUCAAAGCUCUGGAAGAUACUUGGGUGGAUCCUAAUGCAUACAUUUCAAUUGGAGGCAUG